UGUGUACAAGUGACAAGUGUCUGCCACUGGUCACAUCCGGGGAACGCUGUGCUCUCCAGCUGCAUCCCCGCCUCGUUAACUCGUUCUGACGUGGUGACGAGCAGACUGACACUUCUGCCGGUUGACCGGGCAGGAAAGACUCAAACUCACGGGAUGUCAAGGCUGGAACCGGACAAACAUGUGAAAAGGGGAAUCUUGAGUUGCGAUGAAGUAGCCUAGUUGGAAGGAAAGGCUAUGAUAGAGGAAAAGAUGGCGAACAACUCAACUUUAGACAGCGUGUUUUCUAACAGAACAGGACAGAAUUCAUCUCAACCGUCUCCGUUGACUGAAAUCCGGGAGAAUCCGCUGAAGAUACACUUCCUCCCACGUUGUCAGGGCUUGGGCAGAGAUGAGGACUGAGGUGAAUUCUGUCAGCCACGUUGUCAGGGGGACCUGGGCAGAGAUGAGGACUGAGGUGAAUUCUGUCAGCCACGUUGUCAGGGGGACCUGGGCAGAGAUGAGGACUGAGGUGAAUUCUGUCAGCCACGUUGUCAGGGGGACCUGGGCAGAGAUGAGGACUGAGGUGAAUUCUGUCAGCCACGUUGUCAGGGGGACCUGGGCAGAGAUGAGGACUGAGGUGAAUUCUGUCAGCCACGUUGUCAGGGCCUGGGCAGAGAUGAGGACUGAGGUGAAUUCUGUCAGCCACGUUGUCAGGGGGACCUGGGCAGAGAUGAGGACUGAGGUGAAUUCUGUCAGCCACGUUGUCAGGGGGACCUGGGCAGAGAUGAGGACUGAGACGUAUCUCCUGGGAAUCAUCAUUUCAAUAUGUGGGAACUUCCUCAUCAGCAUUUCUCUGAAUAUACAGAAAUACGCCCACAUGCGCCAGUCCCAGCUCGGCGACUCCGGGCCCUACUACACCUCAGUGCUGUGGUGGAGUGGCGUGGUUCUGAUGGGACUAGGGGAGCUGGGGAACUUCGCAGCCUACGGCUUCGCCCCGGCCUCCCUCAUCGCACCACUGGGCUGUGUUUCAGUCAUAGCCAGUGCGGUCAUCUCUGUGGUGUUCCUUAAAGAGACGCUACGAGCCUCUGAUAUUGUUGGUGGUGCACUAGCAGUGGUGGGAACCUAUCUCCUGGUCACCUUUGCCCCCCACACCUCCACCCACAUCACCGCCCACCUGGUCCAGAGAUACGCUGUCAGCUGGCAGUUCCUGAUUUACCUGUUUCUAGAGGUCAUAGUGUUUUCUAUCCUGCUCUAUUUGUACAAGAGGAGGAAUAUCAAGCAUAUAACCAUAGUGAUGCUGCUGGUGGCUCUGCUGGCCUCCCUGACGGUGAUCUCCGUCAAAGCUGUGUCUGGGAUGAUCACGGAGUCCAUAAAGGGAGAUCUCCAGCUCACCUACCCCAUCUUCUACGUCAUGGUGGUGGUCAUGGUGGCCUCCUGUGCCUUCCAGAUAAAAGGCCUCUCUUUAACCUUCUCUGUUCUCAGGUUCCUUAAUCAAGCCAUGAAGGUGUUUGCUGCCACGGAGGUCGUCCCCAUCAACUUUGUGUUCUUCACUGCCAGUGCCAUUACCGCAGGAAUAGUAUUUUAUCAGGAAUUCCAGGGCUUGGCUUUGCUCAAUAUUUUAAUGUUUCUCUUUGGCUGCCUGCUCUCAUUCAUUGGAGUCUUCCUGAUAGCCAGAGACAGACCCAAGAUCAAGACUGAAAACAUAACCUUCAUAGCCAUGGGGAAAAUACCAGGGAGAAAAUGUAAAGACAAGGUCCAGCCGGAGGCUAAAAGCAACGCGUACGGAUCUCUGGCAGCUAAACUCAUGUGUAACAAACCUGGCCCACAGGACGACUCCUAAUAUCAGCCACACCUGUCUGUCUGUGUACAGAGACUACCUGUGUCAACACUACACAUCUCUCUCCUGGGUUGCCAGACUGACUGACUACAGGGACAAAGUGAGAGCACUGUCUCCAUUAGCAAAAAAUUCCCCAGAUUUUCCAGAAAUCCUAAUAUCUUCUAACUCGCUCCUGAUUCCAGGAGACUUGCCAGAAGCAGGAUUUCUGGGAAAAACCUGGACAUCUUUGGGAAAGUUACAAUUGUCAGGGAAUUGAACUCAGGUGCUACAGAUACUGAGGAGACGUCUCAGGAUCGAACCCAAAUGCACUACAGACACAAAUAAAACGUAAUUUAAUUCUCAAGGAGGUGGCUGUCUGGAGGAACCACCUGAUAUUCUCUGUUAAUACGAAAGCAACUGUUGGAUCGAAUUUCUGAUGAGAUGGUUUCAAUCAUUGAUUUGUUAAUAAACUGGAAUGUGAUAUUUAAAGUGUUUCUCGAGCUCCCAAGAAACUCCUGGCUGGUAAAGGAGGUGCACCAGCGCACUCUACUGGUCGCGACAAGAAUUACCAUUUAAAUGUGAGGUGUUUUUUAAACGUCAGACGUUCUUUGUUUUAAGCUAAUAAAUACGGACCAGGCUUCGGGGAGGAUGGCCUCAGGACUCCACAGACAUUUUAAUAUGACAACUACAGCUUCACCCUUUUUUCAAAUCAAAACGUCGUUUUCUGUAUUGCAUUUUAAAGAGCAGUGGCGUAAUACAGUUCAACUGACAGGUACGGCUGAGCUAACGUCUUCAACCCCUCACCUCCAUUUUAUGACAAUGAACUUAAGCAAAGGUAUAUCGGUAAGAAAAACACUCGUUUUAUUUUGACUUAAAAGUAAAAAUGAUCUGUCAAUGUUAGAGAAUUUAUCUUGGUAAUAGAAAAAAAUAAAAACACAUGAGAGUAGAAAGCCAGCUGAGUUUUAUUAGUCGUAUGUACGGGAUAUAUCGUCCACUGAAAUGCUUACUGCAGGCUCCUACUUCACAACAACAAUAAUAGAUACAAAUAGGAGCAUAACGUAAAAGUCUCGGUAGAAUAGGAAACAUUUUAGCAUCAGUAGAAUACAGGAAGGCACAAUAUAAUAGUCUAGUAACAGCAGGUGUGAUGUAGAGAGGAAUGGGGGUCCUGUGUGGCUCAGUUGGUAGAGCAGGGCACUUGCCUUGCCGUGGUUGUGGGUUCGAUUCCCAACGGGGGACCAGUACGACGCUAAAUGACUUAAAUGUGAAUGACACAAUGGACACAGUGUACAAAACAGACAUUCCUCUUGACGGUCGGGGCAUGGACUCUAGGUGUCGACAGCGUUCCACGAAGAUGCUGGCCCAUGUUGACUCCAAUGACUUCCAUUGGGAAACUGUUGAGCGGGGAAAAACCCAGCACCGUUGCAGUUCUUGACACAUUCAAACAGGUGCUCCUGGCACCUGAUAAUACCCCGUAUUAUCUCAACAGUAUUACAGAGUUCCUGUUCCUCUUCUAGAAUAUUAUCUCAACAGUAUUACAGAGUUCCUGUUCCUCUUCUAGAAUAUUAUCUCAACAGUAUUACAGAGUUCCUGUUCCUCUUCUAGAAUAUUAUCUCAACAGUAUUGGAGUUCCUGUUCCUCUUCUAUAAUAGUAUCUCAACAGUAUUACAGAGUUUCUGCAUAUAAACAAAGUGAGUACCUCUGCCUCCAGAACAGCCUGAAUUGUUUGUGGCAUGGAAAUGUUUGCUGAAUUGGUAUCAAGGGACCUAACGUGUGCCAGGAAAACAUUCCCCACACCAUUACACCACCAGCCUGUUCCGUUGACACCAGGCAGGAUGUGGCCAUGGACUCAUGCUGCUUACGCCGAACCCUGUCAUCAGCAUGACGCAACAGGAACCAGGAUUCGUUGGAGCAGACAAUGCUUUUCCACUCCUCAGUUGUCCAGUGUUGAUGAUCACGUGCCCACUGGAGCCUCUUCUUGUUGUUUUUAUCUGAUAGGAACCCGGUGUGGUCGUCUGCUGCAAUAGCCCAUCCGUGACAAGAACCUAUGAGUUGUUUGCCCAUUCUAAUGUUCAUUCAAACAGUAACUGAAUGCCUUGAUGCCUGUCUGCCUGCUUUAUAUAGCAAGCCAUGGCCACAUGACUCACUGUCUGAUGGAGCAAACCAUUUUCGUGAGCGGGAUGGUGUACCUAAUAAAUUGCCUUGUUAUUGUGUG